CUUGUAAGGAAGUGGUAUCUACAGGGGCAAUCCAGGAAAGUAUCGUUGCUCGGUACACUGGAAACGGUUUCACAAUGAAGUCCAUCGUGCUGACCACUCUUUCCGUGUUCUUGGGACUCUUCUUCAUAUUCGUCGGUUCGAUGAAAGUGACGCCGAACAUCAACCGGGAGAUGCACCGGGAGAUCAGGCGCAACUUCGUGCAAUACUCCAAGGUGUUCCCCUUCAGCAAGCUGCUGAACUUCAAGAUGAACCCCAAGAUUUACCGGCUCUUCAUCGGCUGGUCCGAGGUGGUCUGUGGGACCAUCCUUGUCCUUGUACCAGGCCGGAUCAAGCAACUGGCCAAUGUGGCUCUACUCGUGCUUGUGCUGGGCGCCGUCUACACGCACGCCGCCCUGCGGGACAAGUUUGAGCGCAUGGCGCCCUCCAUCGUGUUCAGCCUCAUGCUGGGCUGCCGCCUGGUCGUCUUCUACCAGGUGCAGGGCCGCGAGCGCAAGAAGCAGGCCCUCCACGGCACGAGCUCAUCCGCAGCGGCAGCAGCAGUGGCUGCCCAGCAGUCUCAGGAAGCAGCCGCGGCAGCAAGACCCAAGGUCGACUGAGCUAGUGUGGCCCCGUUGUUAACAGGGGUCCGUUGGGCAUGCGUUUUGGGGCCGUAAUCGGGAAUGAUUGCUUUCAGUGUGGUACAUUUGAACCUUGCUAUAACGUAGUCGUUAUAACAAGGUUCAUCGCAUUUCUUUCUGUGUAUUCGACAUGAAAACGCCUUCGUGAUAUCAUAUAUUGUUUGUAAGCGUACGCGCUGAUAUUGGUAAAAAGAUUUCGCAAAUUUGAUAUUUAUGUUGCUGCAGCCAAUAUUCAUUAGUCGAUGUUCGUUAUAUCGAAGUUUGAUUGUCCUAUUAUCAACUGCACCAAUGAAGUGCAUAAGCAGUCUAAAAUGAAAGUCUGAAUAAGGAAUGUGUGGGCCUUCGUAAAUGAUUUUUCAAGAAGCAUGAAAUUUAACCUAACCAACUUUUAUUAGAUAUCAGAUGUAUAAAGUAUGCAAGAAUGGCCCGUUUAGAUGAUUGCUGGCCGAUUGUGAUGGUGGAUGAGUUGAUGGCAAAGGUUCCAGCAUUUGACAGAGUUCUUGCAGAUUAGGAGCUUUGCUAUUGCAGUGUUUGAAUCGCGAUGUUGAGAAACAUGCGUGCAUGCUUGCAUGUUCUUAUAGACGGCUCACUCUGCUCAAGAAGGUUACAACAGCGUCUCAGGAAUUGGUUAACAUUAUCGUUUAUACCACUACUGUAGGCUAUAGACUUUGAUGAUGACAGCAGUUGAGCUCAACAUCACCAAAGAAAUGCUAUACAUCAAAUUCAUGAAGUGUGGGCCCUCUGAGGUCACCGGCCGAAAGCUGCUGAGCAAAGGUGUCUCUGAGUAGAAUGAAUGCAUGAAAUAGCUGCUUGUGAAAACUGAAACACCUAAAGCAAAAAAUGCACAAAAAGCAACUGGAGAGCACUACAGACAUUCCAAGAGGCAAAAUAAACCAAAAUUUACUGCGAUGAGAGGAGCUCGCCAGCCUGCUUUUUGAGUUCAUUUCUUUCAUCAUUUUCAAGUUAUCUGAAUCAGUGAAAGUGAAUGCAAACAUUGUAUUUUUCAGUAUGUGGGCACACUUCCUGUUUGUCAUGUGCAUUGUUCUGUUUUGGUUUGUAUGUGUGUGUAGAGUGUAAUAUAAAGCUUCCUUUAUUAGCAAACCACAUAUACAUGCUCCCACCUUGGCCUCAUUUUUGAGAGCGCCAUCAGAUACCACUAGUGUGGAUUGUGUGACUUGGUAAGGGAGUUAUGAUCCCACUUUCAAGUUCAGAGAGAAAAAAAGAAGCUUUGUGUUCUCAGUCAAAUGCACCUUGCAUUCUGCAGCAUACACCAGCAACGCGAUGAUUCAACUAACAAAUGUUAUUGUGUUUUUUGAUGCACAACAUUAUAGCUGCAGUGUGACAAGCACUUUUUUUUUAUUGUAAGGUUUUUGCUUGAAUGCUUUCGCAAGGCAGUCCGGUUAUCUAAUGCCUCAUAUACAAAUUGUUGUGCCCGGUGUUGUGUUUCACUAAAGCAAGAGUACUGAAAGCAGUCAUUCCAGAUUAUAGCCCCGUUUUUAUUGCAUGCGCUAAUACAGGGCGAGUGCUGCGGGAGUGUGCAGAGAUGAAUUGACCAUGCAGUUCAUUGCCAUCUGUAAUUUGCAGUGUCACAAAUCCAAUAGUUGCAGAUGCUGCCUUCUGUAAGUGCAAAAGUGUGGCAUCGGUUACUGUUCUUUUCAGUCAUCUCAACUUACACGCGCCGGAGAACCCCUGUUGUUUUAAAGUGCAGCAGUUGAAAGACCAGUUUAGACACCUGGUUACUUGCAUUACCACAUUUUCUUGUUAACCAUAAUGGAAAUGCAUUCAUAACACACAUGAAAUGACUAAAAUUUUAUUUGCAAAUGCCAACCAGUCAUAUAUGAUAGCACGAGCAUCUCCUGAAUGUCAGCUCACUGAAGUCACAGCCAACCAGUCACAGCCAACCAGUCACUCUUCAACCAUUUGAGUGAGUGCCAUAUCAUCCGGUUAUCACUCCUUGCAAAGAGCAUGCACUGUUCCAGGCCAUAGGCCCCUUCCUCCAUGCUACCAUUGGUAUUAAACUACUAGCACUGGCUUUGAGCAUUUUGAGCAUGUCCACAGAUGUUGCUGACAUUUUCAGGCAUUCUUUCUUGCUCAGGGAGCAUGGCAAAUCAGUUCUGUGGAAAUCUGCAAGGUGUAGGAAGAUUCAUGAAAGGGAAAAAUUGUCAUCCACCCUACCUACACAGGCUUUCCAAAAAACCGAUAUGGGUUACCUGUGUAGUUUCUUGCUGCUGUUGAGUUGAUUACAAUUUGUCGCUUGGGCAGAAGGGGACGGAAUCCUUGAGCUGUAUUUGGUGAUCUUUCAUUUGGCACAGUUCUCUUAACAUAGCUCUAGGAGGGACACGUCUUGACACCAUGCCAUGGCUUGUCACAUGCCUGCACCUGUCUUUACAAAACAAAUGCAAGUGCUGCGUUUCCACACAAAGUUGCCCUUCAGAAGUACAGCUGCUCUGAGGAUGUCCUGUUGGAGCUUCUGAAGUGAUUUUGCUUUCUUUCGUUGUUGAUCCAGUUCAGCUUGACAGCCAGCCAUGACUUGUUGCAUCGCUGUGGCGGUUUGUCCUAAACAAAGCAAGCGCAAUGUUUUCGCGCAAAGCUGCUUUUCUCUAGAGGCACAAAUUUCUUCUUAGUUCUCAGAAGGGUUUGGGUUCGAGCUAGUUGGUACGGAUCAUUCGUUUUAACACAGCGCCAAAAAAAGACGGACAAGGGAGAACACGGGACGAGCACUGACUGCCAACAACAUCUUUAAUAAAGCCUGCGCAAUUUUAUACUAUUCGCUUCUCUUUGAGACAGAGGUUCUCACGGGGGCAAGUUUUGCGAGAAAGCUCUAUUUCUCAGCUUAGGUGUGUAGAGUCUGGUUGCACAGGCUACUGCAAACUGAAGCUUCACUGCGUAACCAAUUCUUCACCGCAUAUACUUUUAUGUAUUAAUAUUAUGUAUUAUCAGCUAACAUAAACAUGCAAAGAAGCUAUUUUCUAUUAGAGUGAGGUAUAUACAAGGUAACUUUUAUUCUAUAACUCUUGAUAAUUACAUUUUAAUGUAUAUGUUGAGACUGUGACGCACGUUGCAUUGCUGGCUGUUGUGAUACCAAGCACGCUGCCGCACGACAGCCUUCACGGCACGAAAACAACAGCAAAACUCCCCUUAAUAGCUUCGCUGUAAAACUUAGCAAGCCUGACAGUUAGUGUGAAAGUGUGGUAAGACGUUACCAAUAUUGUGCGGGAUAUUGCUGUACAUGAGGUCAUCCUCCAAAUUUGUAUGCAAAUCCAUCUGCAUGGCUGGGCAUAGGAACUUGUUCAGCACUUGUUCAGCACUGCUGAGUCAUGUCGUGUGAACAAUAAGCAGGCAGCUAUUUCAUUACCUCAAGCUGAAAGUUAAUCAUGUUUGAAGAAGUUCGGGUGCACGUAUUUUGCCAAAGUCAUUUAUUCAGAGAGGCAACUGUUUUCUCAUUUUAUACAUAGCUGGAGCUUAAAGAGACCCUAAAAGAAACACUAAAUCAUUUUAGGCUCAUUAGGUACUCUUUCAAAACUCUUGUGUUCGUUAAUCUCACGGUAAGAGGUUGAUCAUUAGAACAGACAAUGAAGGCCAAAGUUCCAUUUACUGAAUUUCGCACAAAAACCCCAGGUUGGUACGUCAGUGUGGCAUUAUAAAUUUCAGUGCAUUUCUUUCAGAAAUUUCUCAUACUUGAGCCAUUGUGACGUUGUAAAAUUUUGCGAAAUUUUCGAAGUUCUCUUUUUGGCUUCUGUAGAAUACAUUACACUACUCCAUCCUUACCAAUAAAAAAUUAACAAGGCCAGAGUAGACGCAGUCAAAAUUCAUGAUGUGACCCUACCACAUGAGCUUAACCAUGUGACCCGCAGAGGCCUGAACUUUUAAACAUUCUCACAAAAUGCAUUCUUUCAGUCAUUGUCACUUGAAUGUGACCUAAUGUCUUACUUAUGUCAUACUUUAAGCAUUUGUCUUGAAUUGGUUGCUCUGUUUUAGUGUUAGUUAAGCCUUAAGAUUUGUGGAAUAGUGGGCUGUAGCAUAGGCACCAUGUUUCAUGCUGGAGGAACCUCACUGCUAUACAUUGAGAUGCUGAGCUUCUGCAUUCUCAAGUUCAAGGUUCAUUUGAACUUGUGGUGUGUACAUCAUACACAUAAACAUCCUACCGGAUCAGCAAUAUCAUUUAAGGGUUCCGAACCAUAAAUAACGAAGUAUACAAUAAAUGAUAGCUACACUGGGAGCAAUUAGCAACAUUAAACAGUUCUUGUACAGUACGGGGUUUAUAAGCGACUUCUCUAGAUUGUUUUUAACAAGUGCAAAGGAGAAAGAUAUGUAAUAUUAGAAUUUGGGUUAUCUAAACUUAAAGUUCUAAAAGUUCAUGGUAAAUCGACCAUAAUUAGCGUGUAUUUUGGUAAUAGAAAUUUUUGCAUCCCAUUUAUUUUCAAUCUGCUCUUCAAAGGUGCACCUGUUUCAUCGUUUAUUAGGAGCCCUUAAAAACUGAAUUUCCUCUGACAGUACUUAUGAAGAAUUGGCAAUCAAAGCACCUUAUUGGUGUUUUCUUUUUAUUUGUUUUUGAACCACAGUGAAUCUCAUUGAGCUACUAGCUUCUAACAGACUACUGGUCCGACACAAGUUCUGAAUACAUGGUGGUUAUAUAACAUGAGGCUUAAUAUUUUUAUAUUGUUGAUCAUCAGUAUUGAUCAUUAUAUUUAGUCCCCUGGUAAAAGACAUGUGAGCUGUGCCUAUAGGUGCGCUGUAUGCGCCCUCAAAGGAUGAAGCGUUUAUCGAAGAUGAGCAUUUAAGUAUGUGUACAUGUCUAUUGUACAUAAGGGUUACAAACAUAAUUUUUCGUUCUCAUGUGCCAUUCCAACUGUGUGAGAGAAACUUCGUGCACAGGAAGUGAGCUAUGAACACACCCACACUCCACAGUUUGUAAACCACAGUUCUGGUAAAAAAAAAAAGCCAUUUCCUUUGAUGUUUUUCACACAACCUUCACUGGUAUGUGCAACUUAAGUGAGAGUAUGCAAAUGCUAAAGUGCAUGACCAAAUCUUAACCUAUGUACUUAGGUAGUGUAAAAAAAUCCAGUUUUCUUGUUGGUAGUUUCUGUAAGAUGGCGACACAUUCCUGUGGCAGAAAUAAUGCAUCCCAUAGCCUUGUUACAGCCAUAUAGCAGGUGAAGAAUGCUUCCCAUUGCACGUGAAAGCGUUGGGUUCUUAAAAAGGUCCUAACUCAUAUUAAGCUUAACUGCUUGUUUGAAAGUUGCUGUGCAAGGGCACUGUACAAGUAACGUAGCUCUAUUUUUUUUUUUUUCACCUUCUUUAAAAUUUGCAGUAAUAGCUGAGCAGGAGGCAUUUGAAGCAAUAAAACAUUGCUUUGUGCGUUCUGUCAGAUCCUUGCACUACAGCUUAUCCUCGUCUUUGUGUGUGCCUGCAAGCCAAUGGGAAGAUUCAAAAUAUGUGUCAAAGCUUGACGUGUUGGCAGUGCUGUCUGGUCUUUCUUCAUUGACACAGUGACACGGGCUUACAUGCCUUCUUGCGAUGAUCCCGCAUGCUCUUUGUCCGCUUGCAUCGCGAGCUGUAACCAGGUCUCUAGUGACCAGCAGGAAAUUAAGGUUCAGUUGUAAUGUCAUCAAGCAGUCCUUGGGGAGGUUAGCAGGAGAAGCAGGUUGAAGUACAUGCCGUUAUCGUAGAGUUUUGGCUCUUGAAAAUACACAUAGUGUAGAUAAUCACAACCAGGCACUUCUUUUACACUCAUUGGCUCAAAGUGUACCAAACUGUUUUAAAGGUCCUGUAGCCCCUUCCAUGCCUUGGACGAGCUGUGUUCGUACAAGCACUUCUGGUAAAAAUGGCCAAGGACGAGCUCAGCUUGUCAGUGGUACUUUGCAUUUUCUAGCAAUGCCACAGACAGGUCUAGUUUUGUCCCAGUGCUGAGUCAUGCUUUUGGUAGAUGGCAGCGCAAACACCAUAGGACAGUGCAUACAGAAGCAAAUUUAUUCUUUAUGAAGGUAAAACAUGUUGGCAUCUGAGAUCUUUAAAAUUAUUGUGGCCAUUUUCGGGCAGAAUUCAAGAUAAUAGCAUCACAUAGAAGGGGUCAAGAGAGUGCCAACGUGGCAUUUUCAACAUGGCUUUUUUUUUUUUUGCAUACAUUGAAGUUUAAGCCCUCUAAGUCCGAGAAAAAUACUGGGACACAUCAGAACACCCCAAGAAGUUUAUUAUAAAACUUGCUUCUAUAAACCAGUAUUGGUUUCUGUAUCCAGGAGAUGCAGGUGUCCCGACAUCAAAUUUUGCUCCGUGUCAUGACAAUACGAUAAUGUCAAUGACGCCACUUCUGGCAUUUUGAGAUUAACUAUAGUAUCAAAUUAAAAUACUUUAUCAGUUUUAAGCAACCUUCACAUAUGAUAAGUGUCAUCCUUUUACGUGCGAGAAGACUGUGGUAAAGUUUAUAGCACAUUGAAAACAUGCAUCAGUACUGCUUUAAGACGUGUAAACAACGCAAGAGAUGGUGAAGAUAUGCAAACGACAUCACUCUUGCUGUUCCCCUAUGUGUGGCAGCUUCAGUGGUUCCAUCUGUCAGUAAUAGAAACAAACACACUUAUUGCCAUUCUUUCGAACCUUGACAGCCAAGCGCAGGUAGACACAAGAAUCAAUGAUGCAUAAAUGUUCACAUUGACAGCCAUCUUGCACAGUUGCAGAACGGCUAGUUCUUAGGAAUCUUGCUAGUUCCUUCUGACACACUCAGGUUUGGAUAAUUUAUUGCUGUAUUUAUCAGCAGAAGUCAUUCUGAUCUACAGCUUAACCCUGGAUGGCAGGAGUUCAGAUAUUUUUUUCCUAGUCAUUUUUCUUUAGCCAUAAUGUGUUCAUGUCCGACCGAUGAGUUUUAUGGCAGGUGUCUGAGGACCACUACAACUUUUCCAUUUGCAUAUUUCAUUCAUUGUAUGCUUGGUUCUUUUAGACAUUCCUUCGUCUGUUACCUGAUUUUAUAUACCGACUGUACUUAUAUUUAUCACACCUAUUGCUGUGCUGUGUAUCAGUCACCGGAAUCUUUUUUCUUAUACUGUGCGUGUUCAUCUUGUGUAUUCCGCUGCAGGCUUUAAGGAGCCAUUCGGUAUGUUAAUUUAAAUAUUUUGCACAGUGUUUUAUCAUGCACAAUACCUCUGUCAUCAUUUGGUUCUUAUCGUAGACAUCUGUCUGUCAUUAAUUGCAGUGGCACAAAAGACUUUGUUAUCUGCAAUGCCAUCUGUGGGCUUUACUUUACAGUUCUGCAUUACCUUUGCAUGUGGUAAAUAUUGUACAUUACAUGGUGGAAAAAAAAAACCUGGAGAGAGGCCUCAGCAAUCCCAAAUGUAAUGUGAAAUGCAUGAUAAAAGUUAAUGCCAAUUUAGGAUUCAUUUUAGGGGCACAUAGAAAUGGCAUCAUUGUUAUCAAGGGAGCUGGUGGCUUGAGUGGUGUUUGCCAUUGCUAUCUGAAUGAUCAACACAUAUUGAUUGGUGUAGAGAUGUUGGCAGGCAAGUUUCAUGAUUGAAUGAGAACAGCACAGGCUAACAGAUAACACAAGCAGAAGACGGGCUUUACGCAUAGCACUGACGGGCAAGUCAUGCACAUGCAAGUGCCUUUUGUUCAUGUAGCGCUUUUCUCCACAUUGUUCUUAUUCGAUCAUGAAUCAUCAACUUGCACAAGCUUUCAUCUUAAAAGAAGCUUCGAUUUGAGGCGCCAUACUUGCCCGUGUAAACAAUGCACCCUAUGCAGGAAGCACUGCACAUCCUGUUGGAUCAUGGUCAAGAAGCAUGGGAAAAGUGUGUGUUUGGUGGCAAUAAAUUGGAGGAAGAGAAGCUUACUAAUAAGCAGUUUGGGACGCCACUUAAACGCAAAUGAGAUUAACACAAUGAACAGAAGUUAGAAGAGCUUGGACACUGCACUCACAAUUGAUUUAUAAGCAUCUAAAUAAAAAUUUCAAAAAUCAACCAUGCGUGCAAAUGGGCUAGUUGGUGAAAUUUCAUGAAUCUUGCUUUAUUUAAGUGCACCAUGACGGGGACACGAACACAUUUACUUGUUCAGCCUCGUUUCUCACUGUUCAUGUCCCUGUCCUAAAUUGUGUACUUACGCUAAUGCAAUAAUUGUGAAAUAAGAAAUAUAUACCGAACAUAUUGCGCAUGCGUGCGAGUUCACAGAAGAGCACACGAAUAAAGAAAGCGAAUCUAGCUCUCAAAUAAAGAUACAGAAGUAUUGCUAAUGCUCUCUAUACCUUCUUUCUCGAUGUGCAAGAGCUCAAAAAUGUUUUGCACAGUAGUUUCCUUGCUUUUGCCCAGAAUUUGAUGGCAUUCUUUACAUCCGUCUUAUUUUCAUUGCAAUGGAUUCCCAAAGUAUUAACAACAAAUUCUUUUGAGUUUCCCAAAAAGCAGUGUGGCAUCGCACAAAGGGAAGUUUGGGCCUGUCCUCAGUUUUUAAUCCUUCCUCCGUGUUACUAUUAUGUGGCAAUGUCAGCAUCGAGGACAAGUGUAAAAUUGUUAUGUAUUCGUGUUACACUCAUUUCUCAGCGUAAUGAAGCAUUCCCUGAUGUUGCAGAUAGUCAAGCCAAGGUUUAUAUCUAUCUAGUAAUGUAAAUAUCCUGGAAUAGUCUCAUACCCAAACUUUCGAUAGACUGGUGUUCAGAAAAAAAAAACUGUAUGCGUACUUGUGAUCAAGUGGGUGUGUCAAGAGCUGACAUGGUGGACCGUGUUUCAUGGACGAACUUGUUCUCCACCUAGCGGCAGCAAAAUGUUGUAAAGCAAACAAGCUUUGUCCUUUUAAAAACAGGACCUGCCCGGACUGGGAGAAGUAGCCAAUUGUCUAAGAAGUUUAGUUUUCAAGAAAGCUUGGUAGUUUGUUGUGAAAGCAGUUUUUCUGUAUGCAGACAAACGCUAAUGCAGUCACAUUGCAGUAAUGGGAACUGCAUCGUUGCAUCCAGUAUCUGCGAUUAACGUAUUGCGGGGUUGCUCGUGGACAUUGUUGUGGCGUCUAGAUGCAAGUCAGCCUUGGCAACGAAUGUAGUUGAAAAAUAAUAAUAUAAUAAUAAUCUUCUCGAGAAUGGAGGAAAGAGGCAUUGUGCAGGGUGUUUUUCAACCAUGUUAACUGACUUUCUUUGCUGUUGUCGUAUGGCUGCACACAUUGAACAUUUCAUGUUCGCGUGUUUUAUCUUAUGCAAGAUUCACGUAAUAUAUUUGCACAUUCAGGCUACCCUUAUAUAGUGAUGGUACAUUUCAGUAUUCGUCGUAUGACUUUUCACUGUAUUGUGUGUCUGGUGAUAUUGCAGUGUGUUUGCAUGUGUGAAAAGACUCAGCUAUGAACCUUUGAGCUAUGCUGGGCCCGCCAUUCUGUUUAGCAUGGGUAACUUUGCCAAAACAGUGUUUCAGGACUUCUGUCAGCCAUUUCGGAUCACAUUUCGGCAUCGAUUUUUCCACUCCCUCACUGUAGCUUGAGUUUGUUAGUUUGUAGGCUGUAGGUUUGUCUUUGAGAUGGCUUUUAGCUUAUGUGGUACGAUUUUUCUUUUCCUCAGUUAUGCUGUGAUUUCAUGACCAUAACAGCAUCAGAUGCAAACAGCAGUGUAAAAGCUCAUCAAAUAGUUAAUUCGGGAACACUCUGUUAAGCAACUGCUCAUGAAUACUCAGGUAAUUACUAAUGCACAGCAUAAAUAGCGGACAUAAAACAUGCAUAGCUGAUUAACUGAUGAUUAAAUGUUGGUAGACCAUGUGGCACAACAAAGUUGGCUGAUAUGACGGGUAAUAGUGAAGAUAACAAUAGUAACUUUCAUCUGGGUUAAAAAUAUGCCAGAAUCAAACAUUUUAUUGCUAUGCAUGCCAUAAAUUUAGUCAUGUAAAACAUGUGCUUGUCAUUCUAAUUAAUGCACAGUCCUAAAGUGGUCAUUACAAGACUUUAUGAUGUUAUUGGAAAGGGAAUACAUUUAAUUCUCUUGAAAGAUCUGGAGCAUGCAGAUUGAAUCGUGUCUUUUCUCUGCUUUUCAAAAUUUUAGAAAGUGAGGCAUGCUAAAAAGCUUUCGUGUACACUUCGAAACAGCAAAGCACACGCUGGUUCUGAGAAUACUGGCAUGUUUAGAACUUGGGAUGUUUGGAACUUUUUAUUGUCCAUAAAUUGACUCCUGCCUAAUUUUGAUGUCAGAGAAGCACUGUUUGUUCACCCUCGCAACUUAAAACUGUGUCGUUAACUCUGAAGGUGUAAUCAAUUGAUUUACUAGUCAUUUAGGUAGUGGUGAUGGUGCUUUUGCUCAGACAUUUAAGUUUUCAUGGCCUAUGUUCGUAGAAAUGAUGCACAAUUGAGCUUGUGUCAUCAGCCUUUAAUUGCUACUUCAGUCGUCUCAGGUUUAUUGUGCUCAUUAGCCACAAGACACCUCGUAUCCAGUAAACUUUUUAUCGAGAAGAGCUAGCAGGCACAUCGAGAAUAUGAUUAAAGACCAUUCUGUACACCUUGUUUGCAGCAGUUCUUCAGUAGACACACAUCACUCUUAUCAUUUUUGCUUGUCAAGCAUGCAUGGUGUAUCUUUUUGUACCUGUGUGAGAUGCAACUUUCAAUAAAUAAGGAAACAG